UCAAGUGCUAAAUUAUAGAUCAAGAGAUAGGGCCAAGAUGCAGUCUGAACAGAUGAUCGUUCUGUCUCGCAAUCUGAUGUCUACUCUCCUGAUGUCAGUGCUGAGAACGAAGAUGCGGGUGAUUCACACAGGUGCUGAAAUGGAGCAAAUAUUGUUGAUUCUAUUACUGUUUAUCAAGGUCUUGUCAGUUGGAAGUCAGUUCAAUGGAUACAACUGUGAUGCCAACUUCCACAGUCGCUUUCCUGCUGAGAGGGACAUCAGUGUGUACUGCGGGGUACAGACCAUCACGCUCAAGAUCAACUUCUGCCCCGUCCUCUUCUCCGGCUACACUGACACGGACCUGGCCCUCAAUGGUCGCCACGGCGACGCCCACUGCCGCGGCUUCAUCAACAACAACACCUUCCCCACCGUAGUGCUCUUUAGCAUCAGCCUGGCGACGCUGGAGUCCUGCGGCAACGCCCUGGUGGUCUCCACAGGUCAGGGGCCCAACGCCUAUGGGAACCUGUCGCUUGUGCAGAUCGGCAACGUCUCGGGGUACAUCGACACGCCGGACCCCCCCACUAUCGUCAGUUACCUGCCCGGCUUGCUUUACAAGUUCAGCUGCAGCUACCCUCUAGAGUACCUGGUCAACAACACUCAGCUGGCCUCGUCAGCCGCAGCCAUCUCCGUGAAGGAAAGCAAUGGUACCUUCAUCAGCACCUUGAACCUGAUGCUCUACAACGACUCGACGUACGUUCAGCAGCUGUCCAUCCCAAUGGCGGGACUCACACUGAAGACACGUGUGUUUGCAGCUGUGAGAGCCUCUAACCUCGACAGAAGAUGGAAUGUCCUGAUGGACUACUGUUACACCACUCCCUCUGGGAACCCCAACGACGAUCUCCGCUACGACCUCUUCUUCAGCUGUGAUAAGGACCCCCAGACCACAGUGUUUGAGAAUGGGAAAAGCCAAAUGGGACGCUUUGCCUUCGAGGUGUUCCGCUUUGUCAAGCACAAGAACCAGAAGAUGUCAACCGUCUUCCUGCACUGUGUCACCAAGCUGUGCCGAUCCGACGACUGCCCGAUGCUAAUGCCGAUUUGUGGAAGCAGAAGAAAGAGGGACCUCCUAGAUGGGAAGGAGGCCCUUCCCUCAGCCUCUGGAAAUGCAGUGAUUACAGCCGGACCAAUCAUCACCCGCAGUGAUGAAACGCCCACCAACAACUCACAACUGGGCCAGCCAUCCCCCCCUGCGUUCCGGAUUAACGCGGUGACCAGCGCCCUCCUCUCGGGCGUGGUCAUCCUUGGCGUGGUGAGCGUGUGCUUCUUCGUACUGUCGCUCACCCUCCUCAGGGGGAAGAGCGUUCCCGCCGGCAUCGUGUCGGGGGCUCGAAACCCUGCGUUCAACUGA